AUGAGAGAGGAGUAUGCGUUCCUAAACGCGAAGGUCAAGUUGAUUGAGAGAGACCCGGGAUCGCUGGGCGCUGUGGUUCUAUUGUCGCCGACGUUGGUGACUCUCCACCUCGCGCAAGUCAAUCGUUUCAUUCUUACAUUAUCCACCGCCAGGACACUGCGCGUGGACAUGAGCGAUCUCUUCACACAUGAUUGGCCGGUGCUUGAGAUCGGCUCGAAGUAA